AGUCAGCGUCGUAAUAGACGAUCUUUGGCCCGUCAAGUCUGAUUUAUAAAACGCAGCUGCUGAUGUUUCGCGCUUGAAAAGUGACACAUUCUUGCUGUUAGAGCGGGAUACCCUUUCAUAUCGGAAUAAUAACCUCAUGCCUCUUGUUCGCUUGUGCGUCGUUGAUUCCUGCUCUCCAAUUAAUUCCACACGUCCAUCACAGUGGUUACACUUCAUCCAUGGCUCCCAAGGUAGAGGCAAAGCCCAAAUGCAAGAUUUCAGCAUCACGCAAGCUAUCGCUAAAGAUCCUUCUGCUGACUCGUGCAAUGGAAGACCUGGAGACAGAGAAGGCUGCAAACGAGGAAGAGAAGGUUCGAUACCUGGGAGAGAAGCUUCCACCAUUACAGCUCAGUGGUUUAAACGUCAGUGAUCUGCAGAAACUCUGUAAAGAGAUUCAUGAAAAGAUCAGUGUGGUGGAUGAGGAGCGGUACGACUGCGAGGCCAAAGUCAUCAAGAACUACAGAGAUAUCAACGAGUUGAAGCUAAAGGUCCAGGAUCUUGGAGGAAAGUUUAAGAAACCAGCUCUAAGGAAGGUGAGAGUGUCAGCGGAUGAGAUGCUGAGAGCUCUGUUUGGAUCCAAAACUAAGGGCUCCAUGGAUUUAAGGGCCAAUCUCAAGUCUGUAAAGAAAGAAGACAUCAAACAAGAGAAGGAGCUGACGAUGGAGGUGGGUGAUUGGCGUAAAAACGUAGAGGCCAUGUCUGGUAUGAAGGGCAGGAAGAAGAUGUUUGAUGCUGCUGGUGGCGUCCAGUGAAAAAAUUCUUUUAGAGUGCUAACACAGCAGGAUGUAAUGGCGGGAAGUUUAGUUAACACAUUUUAACUGAAACUGAAGAAAAUGAACCAAAUAGAACGGAAUAGUAAUAAGAUUAAACCAAAAUAAAAUGGGAUAGUGUAAAAACAGAAAAUGUUAACCUUAAAAAAAAAUUGAAAUUGUGUCAGUUUGGUGUGUUGAAGAUAUUUAUAAAAUAACCCCAUGUACUACUGCCUGCGAAUGCUGUG